CAGUCCUUUGUGAUUGGUCAGACACCAAAGUCCUCUCAACCGCAUCUAACAAGCAAACUCACGAGUUGAUGGAGGCACUGACGAAAGGGCGAGGCCGCCUAGAAGUAUAAGCCAACGGGUAUCUGACUGGAAGAUGCGAGGAUGGUGGGUGAGAACGACACCACAGUUCUUGCAGACUCGGCACCCUCGCAGGUUUUUCAGCUCGCCGUCCCGCGUUGAGACUGUUGCUGUGCCUUGCGCAUCCUCUGGCCAUGUUACACUCAGCCUUCACAAUGUAUCCCGUGCAGACCCCUCGAGGCCCUUAUUGAUCUACCUCCCCCCUUUCUUUCACCUGGGAUCUGGUUCUGGGUCGGGGCCUGUGUUGCCGGCAUUCCUAGAGCCGUACCCAACGGCAGUGAUCAACUACAGGUGGCCCGAGUCCUCGCCGGACCAGAACGCAUCAGCAGCACCCAGACAAGCCUAUGGGGGACCCAAAGCCGCGUCACCCCUGCAUUGGCCUACUCCUCUCCAUGACACGCUCUUUGGUUAUUCAUGGAUCGCGGACAACCUCUCCCCACCCGGCUCUGGCCGGCGGGAUAUCUACGUAUACGGGUCCUAUCUCGGUGCAAGCCUUGCCGCCUCCCUCGCUCUGACCGAGUGUUACCCCCAUCAACGAAUGGCCAUUCGGGGCUUGGUAGCCUAUAACGGCAUUUACAAUUGGACCAUGUUCCUCCCAGACCAUCCAAUCCACAAAUCCAGGGGCCUAAAGCCACUCUCGAGAGAGGCACUCGAGACUCCGGGGUCCAUGUUUCACUACCUCAAGCAGCAGAUGCCUGCUCUCUUCCGUUCGCCGGCGAAUCUAUUCGACCCCUUCGCAAGCUCCUCUCUCCUCUUCCACAACCCUGGGCUCCUCAUCCCCGACGACUUCUACCCGUCGUCGCUACCAUCCUCCUUCCAGAGGGCGGUGGAUGAACUCUCGCUCCACCCCCUUGACCCGGACAACGCGGAUUCUACCACACCGCCGCCCAGUCCUCCCAGGAAGGGGUACCUCGCCUUCCCUCCCCGCCAGUCCACGCUCAGGAUCCCCGAGACGUUGCUACUGCACGAGUCGCCGCCGCCCAUCCCGAGGCCGACCACGGCUCGGCGCAGGAUCAGGACCGCAAAGAAGGGCCCCGUCUCGGGCGAGCACAGCUUCAAGAUGCAGGCCAUGGAGCUAGCUGGCCUGAUGCGGCGGAGCGUGGAGAAGCUUGAGCUGAAGGAGCGGGCGAAGUGGGAUCCAGACUUUGAGGAUUGGGACGACGAAGUCCACGGCAGAGUGCAGGUGGCUGAUGUCGGAAGUGCGGAUGCAGAAGCCGAAUUGGGCACUCGCUGCCAGGGGCUUGUCGCGGAGUGGCUGGAAGGGAGAGCUGGGACGCGGGGAGGACAAACGGGGGCGUGAAGUAGAAGGAAGUGGGAGUUCGCGUUCCAUUCCAGUCAUGGUAUUCUCUUUUAUCCCUACUCUCUUCUGUGUAGCGUUAACGGAAGUGAACGGGGUAUUUGAAGUUAAUCCUUUGUGGGGCUACACCACUCAGUCUACGAUGGUUAGACUGGUCACCCUGCUCAGCUUAAGAGAGCAAGAAAAAUAAUCGAAUACUUCAAGGGGUUGCAACUUCUUCAGAAUACACUGUAUAUUACAUCUCUGCUCUUCUAUGGAUCUAUUCGCUCGCUGGAUGUAUUAAAGUAUCCCCUGAACGGGCAUAGUUGCUCGCUCCAAACUGCAAAUCCUGCGAUCCUCUAA